ACCAUGAGAACAAACUGUCCUGCUGUAGCUGCUCGCAGCCAUAAAGUCUGCUGAGACCAAAGCAGUUGCCUGGGAACAAAGGAAAACAAUGUGUGGCCAAGUGAGUCCACGGUGGAGCUGCAAACCACCUGACAGACAGCCACAACUACAACAAUCUGACCAGUUUUUAUUUACAACUCUCUUCAGUGGCAUCUUGAUGUAGAGUGUAAAUCUCAGGCUGGAGAAAGAGACACUCAAGUGACGUGUCUGGAGUCCCUUUUGUCUCUUUCCUGGUAGUCAGUGUGCCGGAUCCAAGGAAGUGGACUCGCUAAUGCUGCUGGCUGGACUGUGUUGGGUAGGAUAAUCUCGCAGGCCAGUUCCACUGUCAACUCCUGUGUCACAGCGCAUUACUGAGUACUGUUAACUACAGCAACCGCCACGCUCCUGCGUCUCCUUGCAGCAGAAUGGCCAAGGGAAAGAAAACCGGACGGGCUAAAAGUAAGACAUUCACCUUGAAAAUGGCUCAGAACUGCGUGGAGGUGUCCCUGGACGGUAAGCGGAAGCGUCUGGAUCUCAGUUUCAAGGAGAUCGCCACAGUGCCAAAGUGUAUCCAGAAGCUGUAUGACAUGGAUGAACUGGACCUGAGCAGGAACCUGAUCAAAAAGCUCCCGGACUUUAUUGACCAUUUCAUCAACAUCAGUUUCCUAGAUCUGCACAGCAACUAUCUGGAGGAGCUCCCUGUGACUAUCGGCCGUCUCCAGAACCUGCAGGUUUUGAACCUGUGUAACAACCAGCUGACCAGCCUCCCUGCUGAGCUCGGCCUCCUGAAGAAACUGCACACGCUCAACCUGGGUCUCAACCAGCUGGACGCUCUCCCCACCUCCAUUGGUACCUUGAAGGAGCUCCGCCACAUCGGCCUCUCUGACAACCGGUUCACUCGCUUCCCUGGAUGCCUCGUGAGGCUGAACAACCUGGAGAGGGUCAACCUGGACAGGAACCCCAUCCUCACUGAGCAGGACCUCGGCCUUGAGUCACUCAUGAUAGCAGAGAGGCUUUACCUGGUUAAGGAGAGCAUCCUGUGUGACGACUGCCUGAGUAAGUGUCAAAUCGGUAAGAAGAAGCUGGGGGAUGUUGCAGACAAGACCGAGCCCACAUUACUCCAUGUACCCACCUUGGAGACCCAGGACGACAGGGAGAUGUAGAGAUAGGUUUCACUUUAAAAAGUACAUUCCAAGUAGGGACAAGUAGGGAGCGUACUCAAACACCCACUACAUGUUCAUGAUGCACAAGCGUGGUGACAUUUAUGGAGCUGUCAUUGAUUGUUGACAUUGAAUGUCAGGGAUAUGGAUGCUUUUUUAAACUCUUGUUUUCGGGUUCAACAGCAUUUUUAACCAGCAGGCCAUCUCAGCCUUCAAACGUUUUUCAAAAUAAAGUUUCAGUUGUUAAAAUAAA